AUGUCUACCAACGAUGAGAAGGCUAACACGGUGGACGAGGUCAGCAAAGUCGACACAACUUUGCCGGAAGAUCCUGAUGCACAUCUAAGCCCAGAGGACCAGAAGAAAAGGGAACGCGCCUUGCUAUGGAAGAUCGACUUGUAUCUGGUCCCAUGGUUGUGUCUUCUCUACCUCGUCUCGUUCCUCGACCGCACCAAUAUCGGCAAUGCACGCAUUAUGGGCCUCGCGGAAGAUACCGGCAUCACACCGGGCCAGUACAACCUUGCAUUGGCGAUAUUCUUUAUAAGCUACUCUCUCUUCGAGCCUCCUAGCAAUGUGUUGCUGAAGAAGCUCAAGCCGCGUUACUGGAUCAGCUUCAUUGUCAUCAUGUUUGGCUUGUGUUGCAUGUGUAUAGGAUUCGUGCGAAACUUCUCAGGCCUCGUUGCAACCCGCUGGUUCUUGGGCAUGUUCGAAGCCGGUCUAUUUCCUGGAUGUCAGUUCUACCUGUCUUGCUGGUAUAAGCGGUCUGAGUUCGGUGUGCGCUCUGCAAUCUUCUUCAGUGCUGCCGCAGUGGCCGGAUCCUUCGGUGGACUUCUCGCAGCAGCCAUUGGCAACAUGGAUGGCGUUGGAGGCUACCCCGGAUGGUCUUGGAUAUUCAUCCUCGAAGGCCUUUUCACGAUCAUGAUCGGCUUCGCGUCCUUCUGGAUGGUGCGAGACUUUCCAGACGAAGCCAAGUUCCUCACUGAAGAAGAGCGUCUUCGCGUGUAUUACCGGCUCAAGGCCGAUCAGCAAGCAAGCGCGGAUCACGAAACAUUCAAGUGGUCCGCGGUGAAAGCAGCUCUUACGGAUUGGAAGACUUAUACUUCUAUGUCGAUGUUCAUGGGGAAUGGUUGCAGCCUCUACGCGGUCAGCCUCUCGUUACCAACCAUUGUCCGGCAACUGGGCUACACCGCAACCACAGCGCAACUCUUGACAGUCCCACCUUAUGCUGUUGCAGCCGUAGUCACGGUGGUCAUGUCAGCUAUUGCUGAUCGCACACGGCAGCGUGGUCUCUGCACCAUUGCCACUUCUGGAGUCGGUAUCAUUGGAUUUAUUCUGCUCAUGUCGCCAGUCUCGACGGGAGUCCGUUAUUUUGCGCUCUAUCUGGCGGCAGCUGCCAUCUAUCCUUGCGUACCAUUGACUAUCUCCUGGGUGGCGAACAACACCAAUGGCACAUUCAAACGCGGUAUCGUGAUGGGAAUUGUCAUCGGCUGGUCAAAUAUGCAGGGUGUCGUGGGAUCGAAUGUCUACCAAAGCCGAGAUGCGCCGAGAUUUCUUCCAGGCCAUGGCAUCUGCAUGGGUUUCCUGGCCGUCUUCCUAUUCGGCGGAGCAAUCGUACAUCGAACCCUGCUCGUGCGCGAGAACAAGGCAAGGCUGAACGGCGAGAGGGAUCAUUUGCUUCACGGGAAGUCGGAGAGUGAGAUCGCGUUGAUGGGAGACAAAAGGCCAGACUACAUCUACAUGCUGUAG